CACAAAAGCUUCCUGUGUGGGGGUAUAGGCUCUAAGACCUUGUGCUACAAAGUGUUGGACAGAAAGAAACAGGCAGGCAGAGAAAAAGAGAGAAGGCCGCAGAACAGACAAUAAACACCACUAUAGGUAUGCAACAAUGAAAAAAAGUGAGCGAAACUGAAGAGAGAGAUGAAGGGCGGAGUGGGUCAUAGUGUUACUUAGAGUUUACCACAGAACCUGUGAGCUGUUGCUGCCACUGCUUCCGUGACGACACUUCGCACAGUUCCUCUACUCAACUACAGACCUACAAGAGACACACAGAGAGAAAGUGAAAUAUGGACUCCUUUCAGAAGCCCACCGAUCUCCCCAAUCUCUGACAUGACAGAGGAAGCUGCUGUGUCACACAUCAUGCCAUGGACGCCCAAGCCCACAUUCUGAGGGACCUAUUGGCCCAAAUCGCCAGCAAGGAAGCAGAAGAGGAAGGGGCAGAGAACGGCUUUGCUGGAGAGUUUUUGAAACUGAAGAGACAGUCUACUAAAUAUCGUGCGGAGAGGACAUACCCCACCAUAGUCGCGGACAAACAAGACAAUGUGAAAAAGAACAGAUACAAAGACAUUGUUCCCUUUGAUCACAGCAGAGUGAAGCUCUCUCUCAUCACAUCCAAACAUGAUGCAGAUUACAUCAAUGCUAGUUUCAUUAAGGGAGUAUUGGGCUCUAGGGCGUAUAUUGCCACACAAGGCCCGCUGCCAAACACUGUGCUUGACUUCUGGAGGAUGCUUUGGGAAUACAACGUGCAGGUUAUUGUGAUGGCUUGCCGGGAGUUUGAAAUGGGAAGGAAAAAAUGUGAGCGUUACUGGCCGGAGUCAAAGAAUGAUGUGUUUGUGUGUGAGCCCUUUACCAUAUACUAUGAGUCUGAUGAGAAUAAGGGAGAAUAUUUGACACGAACACUGAAGGUGACAUUUAAACAAGUGUCUCGGACACUGAAACAGCUGCAUUAUGUGAACUGGCCAGAUCACGGAGUACCCGACUCCAUUCCUGCCAUCCUGGAGCUGCUGCAGGAUAUGCGGAUUUACCAGGAUCAUGACGAGAUUCCCAUCUGUAUUCACUGCAGUGCAGGCUGUGGAAGAACAGGUGCAUUGUGUGCUAUUGACUAUACCUGGAAUCUACUGAAGAGACAGAUGAUACCAGAGAAUUUCAGUAUCUUUGAACUGGUAAAGGACAUGCGUACACAGAGGCCCUCUGUGGUUCAGACUAAGGAACAAUAUGAACUAGUAUACAGGACCAUCAAAUUGCUGUUUGAGAGAUAUCUGGAAGCAAUGGAUGAACCAAAAAGAGAGGUCCCAGCUUCCCCCUCUCAUGUCACCUUAAGUAGUGGGAGUGAGCUCUCAGAUUUCAGCGACUCUGAAUCAGAGAUUGCGACAGACUUCAGAGCCUUGCUUCAAACUGAGCGCAGGAAUAACGAGAUGCAAAUUCCAAUGGAUGAACUCAAUCAUGUCACAAAUACAGAUACAGAAGUCACUUCUUGGCCACAGCCUCAUUCACAACCAUUCAGUCAAGAGUUCUUCUCCACAAAACUCAAUUCUGAAGACAGGCUCAAUACAAUGAGUGAAUGGGCCCAGAUUAAAGGUCAGAGGUCAUUCAUAGCACCAACUCCUCAGACAGACUUUACAACCCCUGGACCUCAAAGAACUGAACCAUCUACCAGCUUCAACACUGAUCUCACCCAAACUGCAUGUUCAAACUAUCCCAUCAGCCAAGUACAAGAGCUGAGGCCGAGUAUAAGGCAUCUGGAGUGUGCAGAAAAUCAAGAUUUCAGUCCUGCUGCCAAAGACCACAACCCUAUUAUCCCCAGCACAGUCUGCUUCACUGUGGAAGAUCCUUAUUUUGGUCCUGAGUCUCCACCGGGUAGCGACAAUCACAGUGUUAUGGACUCUAUGAUUUGUGAAACAUGGAUGGAGAACCCUUGUUUCACAAUACCUAGUUUAGUUCUUAAUAAUCAGGUGUUGGAAUUGCCAAAACAUGACUGCAAAGACAAAGAUGCAAAUACACCAUCUAAUGAAGACACUCCUCCUCCUGUGCCUGAGCGAACCCCUGAGUCAUUUAUACUGGCAGAUGAAAUUAAAGAUAUCAGUGAAAACACAGAGAUGUUGACAUUGAUGAUCCCAACCAGCUCAGACUCUAAGAGCGUGAACAGAGACAGCCCACCCUCACCUGUGCCCCCACUGCCUGAGAGAACUCCAGAGUCUUUUGAAAUGGCCACAGAUGAGGAUCUAGUACAAAAUGUGACACAGGAAAAGCCACAGGAUGUCGUAAUGAGAGUUGGGAAAUCUCUAGAAUGGUCUGGACAAACUAAUGAAGCUCAGACAGAUGUGAAACGAUCUUGGUCCAGGAGCAAGAGCUUAAAAUUCAGAAUGUCACUUCCUGCAUCAUCUGCUCCACUCAGUCCUUUUUCAAUCACAAGUCACAGUCCUCCUCCCCUGUUGUACAAACAACCUCAGGAAUCUCUACUACACACUCCAACACCACUUGAGCAGCCAUUCAACUCUGUUCCAGGGACAGAAAAUGUAACUCCACCACUUCCUGAAAGAACUCCAGAAUCGUUCUUUUUUCACACGGGGAAAGUGGCCGAUAACAGCGCCCCCUGUCAGCCAGCUGAGGCAGAACGUCAUAGACUGAGAGUGGGCACAUCAUCUGAAUGGUCAGGCAGCUCCCAGCCCAGAUCAUCCCUGGAUCAUUCUUGGUCCCGAAGCAAGAGCGUCAAAUCAAAAAGUUCAAAACAAGAGUCUCUAUCUGUGGCUCCGCUGACUCUGCCUGUCUGUGUAACCAUAGCAGCUGGAGGCCAAGCUUGCCCUGUGGCUAAUACAGUAGAGCACCAGAUGGCACCCAGCAGUCAGCCGGCAGCAACAGGACCAACAGGGAACCAGUCGGACAGAGGGGGAGAGAAAACUUCACUGGUCAGCAAGGCCAGGACCAAGAGUAUUAAAUUUUUGAAAGGAAAACAGAGGUCAAAAAUGGCCCCGCCUCCGAUCCCGCCCCCAGGCCCACCUUCAGACCCGUCUCCAGCCCAGCCUCAGUCUGCUCCACCAUCCUAUGGUGCUGCUGUUGGAUUCCUAUUUUCUUUUGGAUCUCGUUUUGGGAAGCCAAAAGGCCCACGAACUAAGCCAGGAACAUGGGUCUAGUUCACGUUGAAGGUGAAGGAAAGGAAAACAGCCUCACAAGACAAGGAUUAACUGAGCAAAGUUUUCUUUCAGCUCAGAUAGACAAGCACUGUGAUUCUUGAGGGAAAGAAGCUCAACUACGGACCUCACACAGUGGAUGGACAUUUAUAAAGACUGUGCUUUUGUUAAUGACUUUUACAUCUUAUAAGGGAAUAUUGCAGGAGAAUGGCCUUUUAAGACUUUAAAUAUUAAAGCAUGUUGCAUUUGUAUGCAACUAAAAUGUAUAUAAAAUUAUUGCAAAUGUGCAAUUAAAGAUAAUUAAAAGCAUGAAUGUACUGGCCGAUAA